CAUCAUAAUUAUUUAAAAAUUGUUUUUAAAUAUACAAAUUUAAAAUAAAAAAAAUUAUGUAAAUUUUUUUUAUUUGUAUAUAAAAUGCAUUUGUAAUUUAAACAUAAUUAUCUCAAAACAAUCAUAAAUCGCAACUACUUCUACAAAUUAACAUAAAUAUUAAAAAAAAAAUUAUAAAAAAAAUCCAAAAAAAAGUUUUAAUACAGACUAAUAAAGUCAAUUAGUGAAGCCAGUUUUGAAAUUAAAUUUUCAAAUAUUUUUUCCUUAAAUCUUUUAAGAAAUUGUUUGUUUGUGUGUGUUUUUUUGUUAUUAAAUUGAAUAAGUACAAGUAUUUACGAGUGCUACUUAAUCAUAUAAUAAUCAUCAUCAGUCAUCUACUUUAUAUAUACCUUGGGGUGUAUUCGGUUUUAUGAGAUGGAACAGUAGCAGCAGCAGCAGGUUGGAAGAGCUCAAGAGCAACAAUUGCUGUUUAGAAUGGAAAUGUCUCUUGAAAAAACAAAAGAAAUUUGAUGUUUGAAGAAAACUUUUUAUGGCUGCAAUUAAAUUUUAUAUUUUAACAUUUAACAGAAAUAUAAAACUAAUAAAAAAAUAUCAAAUUGAAAUUGUAAAGAAUACUAAAUAGAUAAAGGGGAAGAAAAAAACUACCAACAUGCAAUUGUUAAAUCACUAAAACGUGUUUGUUUAUACGCUUAAAAGUAUACAACAGAAAAAAAGCAAAGAAAACCAACAUAAUACUGGUUUUAAGGGGCAUGUUAGCCAUUCCAUUAGAAGACAAGAAAAUCUACAAAAGAAAGAAUACAUACUAAACACAAAACUACAAAAAAUUUUCAAAUUUAAAAACGCAAUAAAACGGAAAUUCAGCAAAAACAAUAUUGCACCAACCUCAUCAACACACACAACAACCUUAACAACAACAACAACAGCUUUGUAUGUGUAUUAAAAUUGUGGUCUGAAGUAGAAGCAACAUACAGCAAUAGCUGUUUGCAACAUCCCCUUCUCACUGUAAUCGCUUUUAGUGUGUGUGAGUCAUUCAACCAUUAUGUCGUUUACAGAUCACGAUGUUGCGGAAGUGCGUCAUGUGGUGCAACGGAUAUUGGUGCCAUGUGUUUUUGUUAUUGGUCUUUUGGGAAAUUCUGUUAGCAUUUAUGUUUUGACAAGGAGACGCAUGAGAUGUACCACAAAUAUAUAUUUAACGGCUUUAGCCAUAACGGACAUUAUUUAUUUGACCAUGGCACUUUUGUUAUCGUUGCAACAUUAUCCCUACGUGCAUCUUUAUUGUAAAAUCUAUUGGAUGUGUUAUGGUGUGGUGGUCUGGCUGUGCGAUGCCUGCUCCUACAUAUCAAUUUAUAUCGCUGUAUGUUUUACCAUCGAACGAUUUAUAGCGAUACGUUAUCCUUUGAAACGUCAGACUUUCUGCACCGAAUCGUUGGCCAAGAAAGUUAUUGCAGGUGUGACCCUCUUUUGUUUAUUAUCCACCAUUUCGACAGCCUUCGAGCAUCAGCACAGUAUUGAGUAUCGUAUGAUGGAUAAUCUUGGCCAACCCUGUAAUCAAACUGUAGCCAAAGCUUAUGCGAUACAACAAUAUAAAAAACAACAACAACAGCAGCAGCAACAACAUCAACUUAAACAGAAAGAAGAAAUUCCAUUGAAUGUUAUGGAAAAAUUUGUUGAAUAUCUUGAUGAAACUGAAGGCAGCGGUGAACGUAAUGAUCGGGAAUUUAUUUUAUCAAAUGAUAUGGAUAUAAUGAAAAGAUUGUCUAGAAUGAGAGAUGGUGGUGGUGGUGGAGAGGAAGCUGGUGGAGUAAGGGCCAAGAGAAGUAUUGAUUUAAAUCAUGAGGAAAUGAAAACAUUGACAUCCAGAACUUUAACAAACAUUCCUUCACAUUUACCAAUAACGUUGACAUUAUCAUCAUCAUCAUCGUCGUCGUCGUCGCCAGCGGCAAUAGCAUCAGCUCUUGCAUUAGAGCCUUCGGUAACACAGCAUCCUUUCAAAACUGAAGCAUUAUUAAUGGAUACAACAGAAUUUGAAAUGCAUGCAGAUAACUUAGAGCUGAUGACGAUGUUAUCAUCUUCUUUGGCUAGACCAACACCACCAACAUCAACAACAAUAACAACCAAUGUUCCACCCAUUGCCUCGCUAUUGCAGCAAAUGGAUUUGAGUGUUUGGGACAAUGAUACCGAAAUUCAAAUGGUGGAUGAUGAUAUAUUCCUUAAUAUAACAGAAUUUUGUGAAAAUGUAACUUACUAUAAUCAUCAGCCGACCGCUUUGGGAGAUGAUGAUUUCUAUAUAAAUGUUUGGUAUUUUGUGACGUUGUGUGUUUUUGUCUUGAUACCGUUGUGUGUACUGGUGACAUUUAAUUGUUUUUUAAUUAUGUUGGUAAGACGUUCUACUACCAUACGGGGUGAGAUGACAAAUGCCAGUAGUAUUAGGAGACCAAAGCGCAAAUCUACAACAUCCUCUGUAUCCCAAGAGAAUCGUGUCACCAUUACCUUAAUUGCUGUCGUUUUACUAUUCAUCAUUUGUCAAUUACCAUGGGCAGUUUAUUUGAUUGUCUCUUCACAAAUCGAAAUCGAAUCUCAUUUACAAUCUAUCUUUGGCAACAUAUUCAAUUUCUUGGCUGCCACAAAUGCGGCAGCAAAUUUUUUCUUAUACUGUGUCUUAUCGGAUAAAUAUCGCAAGACAAUACGUGAAAUGAUUACGGGCUAUAGAUAUAAGCAGCAGCGCAAUACACUGACCACCACAAGCCUAUAUACGAAUGGAAGUCGACGCAGCUAUAGGCCAGCCUCCUCAUCGAUGGUGAUUAAAUGAGUGACAAUUGAAUUUGAGGAGAAUUCAUGACAAAAUUGGAUAUUUUUAUAAUUUAGUUCCUUAUGCAUGUAGGUGGUCAAGAAAAUGUAGAGAAAUGAACAAACAACAUAAAAGUGUUAAACAGAAAAUAAUUUCAUUUGUUUUAAUUUUUGUUAAUUUUUUUUUUAUAAAUGUUUAAAUAUGUAUGUGUGUCAACUAAAUGUUAUUUUUGUAAAACAAGUCUCCUUGUGUAAUGAAUAAAAUUAAAAAAAUUGUGCCAUUAUGUGAUCCUUGUAGGAUAGAAAUUAUUAAAACAUAAGAGUAAAAUUAAUAAGAAUAUUCUAUAAAAAAAAUAAAUUUAAGUUGAUUUAAGUCUAUAAAAAUGAAAUUGUAGUUGUUUAAAUUAGUAAAUAAAAUAACGA